UAUAACCAGUUGCAGGUGCAAUUUUUUUUGUUUUUCUUUCCCGACAAAAAUUACACAUUUUACCUUUCAAAAUAUUCUAUUAAAAUGAAACCGAAUGGACUGCACGAGGUUCAAUAGAAAUAUUAAAAAUGAACAACAAUUUAACGGCGAUUUUUAAAAAUAUAACCUAAUCAUGGAUUAUUUAGGUGAAAUAGUAGCCCUCGGAAUUGACAGUAUCAUUUUUAGUAUCUGUUUAAAACAGUUCUUUCACUGUAAGAACGCAAUUACAGCAGUCAAGGAUGCAGAACUUCAUGAAGUGGGCCCACAGCUGGAAGACCUUGCGGAUAAUAGCGCUGGUACUAAAAUAGGCUACAUAGCCAUUAGAGGUAUUAUAAAACCCUUAGGAAAGCCAUUAACCAGCAUUAAUAAUAAAAGGAUAACCGGUGUUGUACAAAAGCUUAAAAUUAAGGAACAUGUUGUAGCUAGAACCACUGCUGGCUUUUGGUCAGAACAAGAGCGCACAGUUCAUAAAGUAUAUAAUACUGUACCAUUUGUUUUACAACGAGGACCUCAUUCUGUAGAAGUAUUAGAACCAUUAACAGCAGAUAUUUUAGAUAUGGAUGUGGUGUCUGAUACUUUUGAACCGAGUGCACCAUCAUUCGCAGAUCACUUGUGGAGUUGGUUCACGGGUGUGCGUCAGCGUGGUUUGCAAUCCACCGAAGAACUACUUCGCGAAGGUGCAAUUAUCACAGGCAUAGGUGAAUUAACAAGAACCAAAUCUAAAACACUUACAUUACAACCACCAUUAGAUGGUACUCCAUUUUAUUUAACAAGCAUGUCAAUUAGUUCUCUAAUUCGAAAGUUAGAUGACCGUAAAAAAACAUACAGAUUGUUAUGUUUUAUGUUUGGUGCAAUUGGAUUGCUAAUUGGUGGAAUAGUAUUUCGACGUUAUUGGAAAGAUAGAACGGAGCAGAGAUUGUCAGAGGAAUUGAGACAAUCUCUUGCCGCGUCUCGAAAAGAAAGAAGACAGAGAGUGCGAGAUAACGAUCUUAGGGAAGAUCAGUUGUGCGUUGUUUGUCGUACAAAUCCCCGUGAGAUUAUUCUUCUUCCUUGUGGACACGUCUGCUUGUGCGAAGACUGUGCCAAUGAUAUUACCAAUGACUGCCCUCUUUGUAGAACACCAAUUACACAAAAAGCUGCUGCAUAUAUAAUUUAAAAUUAGCAAAGAAAUAUCACUUGAGCAUACUAUGAACAAAGUUUGUUACUGGCUUAAGAAGAAUCUUACCAAAAAUCAAAUUGUAAAUAAUUAUUGAACGCAUAAAAACUACAAGAAGUAAUCUGAAUCGAA